AAUUGCCUUUUUAUCACUAUCUGUUGCUAUUCCGACGAAAAAAAAUAUGGGUUUGAAAGGCAAGCUGGUUGUUUCAAUGGAGGUGGAAUGUGAAGGACACUUAUUUCAUGAACUUUAUCAAACCAAACCUCAUCAUGUAUCCAACAUAAGCCCCAAUAAGGUCACAGGUUUUGAUCUUCAUGAAGGUGGGUUGGGAGAGGUUGGUUCCGUAGUUAUCUGGAAAUAUAAGGAGGAUGGAAAUGAGAAAAUUGCUAAGUGUGUCAUUGAAGAAGCCAUUGACGAUGGAAAGAAAUCAAUCACAUGGAAAGGGAUAGAAGGAGAUCUCUUGGAAGAGUAUAAUGCUUUCACUCUUAACUUUUCUUGCGAUCAACACUGGAUUACAUGGACAUUUGUGUAUGAGAAGAAAACUGAAGAUAUCCCUGAGCCUCUAACUUUCUUGGGAUAUAUCGCUGAUCUGACCAAAGAUAUAGAGGCUCACCAUCUCGAGAAUUAGAAUUAUCCGUGCUAUUUGAUAUAGCUGAUCAUAAUAUAUGUGGAUUUGUGUCAUGAGCAUUGGACAAUAUUGGCUAGUACUUGAAUGUCAAAAUAAAUAAUAAUGUUGUGAUGAAAAAUAAUAAUGUCCAAAUGUCAAUCUAUAUAUAAGAUGUUAAUUAAUACUAUACGUUUUGUUCAGUGUGAUGUGUAUGAUAAUGUUCUGUUGAACAAUAUUGGCCAGUCCUAGAAUGUGGACUAAAUAAUAAAGUUGUGUUGAAAAA